AUGUCUGCUCUGCUCAUCCGACCUAUCGUGCUCGCUCGUGCUCCUGUGCUCUCCCAGACCCGAUUCCGUCUUGCCCCGACCGUGCGCUCUUUCCGUCUAUCCGCCAUGGCCUCUCCCAACGUCCCCACGCUCAAGCUCAACGAUGGCCACGAGCUGCCUGUGCUGGCCUACGGCCUCGGCACCGCUAACUACAAGGGCACCCGCAAGGAGUUUGACCAGAAGAUCGUCGACAGCACCGUGACCGCCAUCAAGCUGGGCUACACCCAUCUGGACGGAGCCGAGGUCUACGGCAACGAAGACGAGCUCGGCGCCGCCAUCAAGGCCGGCGGCGUCGCCCGCGAGAAGCUCUACGUCGUCACCAAGUACGAUCCCAAGCCGACCGGCUCGGUCGAGGACGCCUUUGCCCUCUCGCUCCAGAAGCUCGGCGUCGACUACGUCGACCUCUACCUCAUUCACUCGCCCUACUGGAAGGGCGUCACCCCCCAGCAGCUGCAGUCACGCUGGGCCGAGCUCGAGGCCAUCCAGGCUUCCGGCCGUGCCCGCUCCAUCGGCCUGUCCAACUUCCUCCAGGAGCACGUCGAGCACGUCCUCGCUACCGCAAAGGUCGUUCCCGCCAUCGACCAGAUCGAGUUCCACCCCUACCUGCAGCACGGCGACCUCGUCCCCUACCUGCACAAGCACGGCAUCGCCGUCUCUGCCUACGCACCCCUGACCGCCAUCAUGCGCGCCAGCCCAGGCCCCCUCGAUCCUACCUACGCCCAGCUGGCCGCCAAGUACGGCGUUUCCGACAGCGCUGUCGCCCUCCGCUGGGCAAUCGACCGCGGCAUCGUCGCCAUCACCACCAGCUCCAGCGAGAAGCGCCUCCAAAGCUACCUGACCGAUCUCGCCUCCUUCCAGCUGACCGUCGCCGAGGUCGACGCCAUCUCCAACAUCGGCCACGAGAAACACUUCCGUGCCUUCUGGACCGCCCAGUUUGCCCCAGAGGACCGCAGCUGA